GUUAUUCACAAGCAGAGAGGCACCGGGGGUGCGUAGGUUGUAUAGAGAAAGGAGAAACACGCCAGGAAUUGACUCGCGAGGAGAGUCCCGGUCGGAGGAACUAUGUGGGCCGCUUGGCUCGUGCGUCGCACGCCUAUCAUAACGCGAAAUCAGAUCUCACAGCAACUGAGCAGCCGCCUGCGUUCGGGCUUCGCUGUUUCGACCAGAGCGAAGAUAGGUGCCGAAGUCGAAGCUCAGGAUAUUCAAGAAAUCGGGCAGCUCACAAAGCCGAAAAUCACCUUCGGGUUCGAGACAAGCCUCCGAGAGGCAAUCGUGAAACAGAGUAAUGUUGAUUGGAACCACAUUCAGAAUGUGGAAUUCCCGAAAGCGAAGCAGACGUGUGAUCUCGUUUUUCGAGGCUCAUUCGCUACGGCCGUGUUCCUAGCGCUUCAAGCACCUCAUGAUUCCGAUCACCUCCGUCAAUUCGUUGCUCAUGUUGGAAGGGAAAAUCUGAGUUUGACCCUGCUGGCAAAGUACAUGGCGUGUUGCCUCGAUUCCGAGGAGAUCCUGCGUUGUUGGAGGGAGAUAGGCUCGCGCAGUCCGGAGGUCCUUCCACAGCAUGCUUCGUAUAUAAUAAGAGGUCUGCUGCGGACGCCGGAAUGGCGUUCCGCGGUCGACAUUCUGAAAGCAGAGCCCAUCGGGACCAAGAACGCUCUCGGCGCGGGGGUGAUUGCGAAACUGUUCGAAGAAGGGGCAGAUUCUGAAGCCUUCGACCUGUACAGCAGAUCGGACUCUUAUUGCAUUGAUGCGGAGGCCGACGCCUGCAUGGAAGAUCCAGACCGCGCCGAGCGCUACUUGGAUAUGAUCGUCAAGAUGGAGUUCAAGCUUUCGUAUAACUUCGAUAUCGAGAAGAGAACUUCGUGGCGGAAGCAUUUCGAGGCGAAUCGAGCGAAAAUGAAAUGGAACUCUGAGUGUUCUUGCUGCCGCACCAGACUGCCGCCAGGAAGAAUCAGCUCACAUGAUUUUUCUAAAAUGAGGGAGGCUUGUUUGAACCUCAUUCUCAAUGACAGAGCAGGCAGUCUUCAUCUGAGCACAACCCCGGGAGAAAUGGACCGAUUCCAGAACUUCAUCCGGAGAAACGGACCCUACGAUGCGAUCAUAGACGGCCUCAACGUUGUGUACAGAUACGAAUUGCCGUUGAGACGCAUCCACGGUCUCUUGGAAGACUACAAGGCCAGAGGCUUUUCCCGAAUCCUGAUUCUGCUGAGGUCUCAUGCUAAGCGGGAGUUCAAUAUGAUGAAGCUACCCCCCGACGUCGACAUGUACUGCGUGCAGAAUGCUUCGAGAGAUGAUCCGUAUAUCAUACUCGCCGCACUCCUGAGUCAUGAUAGAUGCCGACUGCUCUCGUUUGAUUUUUACCGAGACCACAUCUACCGGCUGAAGAAAUCGAAGCAAUUCGAUCGGGACGACAACACCGCGAGAACUUUCUUCAAGUGGUUAAACACCCACAAGGACAGCUUCAUCGACUUCCAGAAGCCAGGCUCGGCAGCGCCUACGAUAAAGCUCAGAAUGGCUCCGGCCCACUUCCCCGUCCCUCACGUGGACAUUGGCGGAUGGCACAUUCCCUUCGUCCAAAAAACUGGAUAUCCACCGACGUGGCUGUGUCUGCGGCGGCGUGAUUCUUUUGACAGAAAGCUCGUGCUCUAAGAAAGGAAAUAAAAUGACGUCG